AACAUGAACCUGGGAAUAAAAGUGCUAAAAGAGUAUAGACAGAGGACGCAGGAUUAACGGCAAAGGAGGGGAAAAAUGGUGGAAUAUGUGCUUUGCCCUCGGUCACAACGAAAGGGAUAAUCCAUUCAGUUGGACAAAGAAGGACAUGAACGUGGGAUUUUAAUAUCGCCACUUAACAUGGCCAUCAUCGUCCAUUUACUUUUCACUUAGUUACGAAAAACAAAGUAAAAAUAAAUAGAAAAGGAAAAAAGGAAGUGCCCGCUAUUUGCUGUCGUCGUCAGCUACUUGGGCAUCCAGAUCUCACAUUCCAGAAAAGAACCUUCCCCUUCUCUUUUUUCUCUCUCAGACGCACGCGCUCUUACUCUCUCAAACAGAAUUGCAAAACAAAAACGAGAAAUGAAUUGGGUGAAAGAAAAUAAAAUUAGAGAGAGCCAGAGAAAUUCACCAUGAAAGCAGCUCAUCAGCAUCAUUGGAGCUUCUUUUUUAUUCUUCUAUCAUUGGCUGCUAACCAAGGGGUUACAGGCGUUCUAAAUUCUACCAGUGUUGCUGAAGCCAAAACUCACCGAAGAAUUCUACACCAGCCAUUGUUUCCGGCUGGUUCGGCGCCGCCACCUGGAACCGACUCAACUUCACCACCACCACCACCACCAUCGCCACCAUCGCCAUCGGACCCCAGCUCCGGGUACCCGUUCUUCAGCGAAGGAGGGUCCGGCUCCGGUCAGGCUCAACCGCCUCCCUCAGCCACACCUUCCAAUGGCGCCAACGUGCCAAUCCCGGUGGCCACGCAGCCGACGAAGCAAACAAAAACCGUCGCGAUCGCAAUCUCUGUCGGAAUCGUCACUCUCGGAAUGCUCUCCGCGCUCGCGUUCUUCCUGUACCGCCACCGCGCCAAACACCCCGACGAGUCUUCGAAGAAGCUCGUCCGAGGGACCUCGCGGGGGCUUCCCGGCGACACGCGAGUCCCGCCUUCAAAUUUUCUCUACAUCGGGACCGUGGAGCCGGGUCCGAUCAGCUCCGUCAGCGAGGCAAGCGGAGAAGAUAACAGUAACAGUAUCAGGUCGCCUUAUCACAAGCUCAAUUCGGUUAAGAGAUCGGAUCGGUACCGCCCGAGUCCUGAGUUGCAUCCACUACCGCCUUUAACCAAGCCUCCGAACGCGAAUUCCCCAUCGCCGAGGUCCUCUUCCGACGAGGAAAGCCGCGACACAUCGUUUCACUCCCCCAACUGCUCGUCGCUCAGCUAUGAAGAGACUAGCUACUACACUCCCACGAGUUCGCGCACGGCUAAUAAUUACACUAAUGCCACCGCUUCUGUUAUUCCCCAUUCCAAAAGGACUUCUCCUAAAUCACGGCUUUCAUCCUCGUCAUCAACAAAUCAUGCUCCGCCGCCGCCGCCGCCUCCUCCGCCGCCCCCUUCGACCGCAAUACCAGCAAUUCCAUACUCUCACGGAAGGCCAAGGUUUUCGUCGCCACCACCGCCACCGCCGAACUUGGCGCGUCUUCAGGCAACAAUAAGCAAUCCGGCUCCUCCGCCGCCGCCGCCGCCUCCUCCUCCUCCGACGCAGCGGAAGUUAGGAAGUUCGGAAGGGAGUGUUCGUGAAACGCCUCCUCCGCAAGUGUGGAGCAAGGCGCUGUCCUGGACUUCUAGCCCCAAGGCCAUUUCUUCUGAGAUUGGGAUAACAAUGCCAGCUCAAGAAGUUAGUCGAAGCGCGAGCUCUUGCGAGAAGCUUGAUUGGGACGAUGAAAAGGAAGGAGCAAAGCCCAAAUUGAAGGCUCUCCACUGGGACAAAGUUCGGGCCACCUCAGACCGAGCCACAGUGUGGGACCAGCUCAAAUCGAGCUCAUUUCAAUUGAAUGAGGACAUGAUGGAGUCUCUUUUCGGGUGCAAUCCCGCGAAUUCGGUUCCGAGAGAGCCAACUAGAAAAUCGGUUCUCCCUCCUGUUGAAAAGGAAAACAGGGUGUUAGACCCGAAGAAGUCACAGAACAUAGCUAUACUGUUAAGAGCACUGAAUGUGACACGAGAUGAGGUGUCUGAAGCUCUUUUAGAUGGUAAUCCGGAAGGCUUGGGUAGUGAGCUUUUGGAAACUCUGGUAAAGAUGGCUCCAACUAAGGAGGAAGAGAUAAAACUUCGAGACUACCAUGGUGACACCUCAAAACUAGGGUCUGCAGAGCGUUUUCUUAAGGCAGUACUGGAUAUCCCGUUUGCAUUUAAAAGAGUCGAAGCCAUGCUAUACAGAGCUAAUUUUGAUACGGAAGUCAAAUACCUGAGAAAGUCUUUUCUAACCCUUGAGGCAGCGAGUGAUGAAUUAAAGAACAGUCGAUUAUUCCUCAAACUCCUUGAAGCUGUUCUCAGGACAGGAAAUCGAAUGAAUGUUGGGACCAAUCGUGGUGAUGCUAAAGCUUUUAAACUUGAUACACUCUUAAAACUUGUAGAUAUAAAGGGAACGGAUGGGAAGACAACAUUGCUCCACUUUGUGGUCCAAGAGAUUAUUAGAUCUGAAGGUGCAGGUACUGAUUCUACAAAUGAGAAUGUUCAAAACAAAGUGACCCCAAAAAUGGAGGAUUAUUUCAAGAAGCAGGGAUUGCAGGUUGUGGCUGGGUUAAGCAGAGACCUCAGCAAUGUCAAAAAAGCAGCAGGAAUGGACUCAGAUGUCUUAAGCAGCUAUCUGUCAAAGCUUGAAAUGGGACUUGACAAAGUCAGACUGGUUUUGCAAUAUGAGAAGCCAGAUAUGCAAGGGAAAUUCUUUGACUCAAUGAAACUAUUUCUGAAAGAGGCUGAAGAAGAAAUUGUUAGAAUCAAGGCAGAUGAAAAAAGGGCUUUAUACAUUGUGAAAGAGGUCACCGAAUAUUUCCAUGGAAAUGCGGCAAAGGAGGAAGCUCAUCCUUUCAGAGUCUUCAUGAUUGUAAGAGAUUUUCUAGGCGUACUGGAUCAUGUGUGCAAGGAAGUGGGGAGGUUGCAGGAUAGAACGAUGAUGGGUUCUGCCAGAUCCUUUCGGAUAUCUGCGACUGCUUCGCUACCAGUUCUCAAUAGGUAUAAUGUGAGUAAAGAUAGAAGUUCAGAUGAGGAAAGCUUGUCUCCUUGAAAUUAUCCGAAUGUGAAGUAAUGAACCUCUUAAAAGGACAAUCACAUUAGUAGAUAUACUUCCACGGCUACAGACUCAUUACGAGUACAUCAAAGGAGUAGAAGGAUGGAGAUGUGAAAGCACUUCAGAAGGUCCAUCAUUGUUGAGAAAAUCCGAGUCCGCCCAUAGACGUAACAUUCAAUUAACAAAGCAAGGCUUCCAGAAGAAGAACCAGGUUUUUUAUGAGAUCAAAGAUGCAUACAGUCAAAUGUUGGACAUUAACUACUUUUACUAUGAUAGAAAGCAAGCUGUGACCCUCAUCCGAUUGGAAGAAAAGGGCAUCAAAAGACGCACAUAUGAUUACCUUCAGGCUUCAGGGAAGUGCACGGCCAGACCAAGUAAUUUCUAAAUGACAAAAAAAAAAAAAAAAAAACAAA